AUGGGCUUCCAGGGGCCUUGGUUGUAUACUUGUCUCCUUUGGGCCACAGUAGCCAGCCUGCUGUUCCCUCCACUGGUGACCCAGGAGCUGAGAGGGGCUGGGCUGGGCCUUGGCAACUGGAACAACAAUGCCGGCAUCCCUGGGUCUUCAGAGGACACGUCGGCUGAGUUUGGCCACCACAUCUACAGUCGUGGGGGCCAUCGGGGUGAGAAGGACAAAGACCACAGGGAAGAGGAUGACGAUUUCUCCAGGGAAUAUGGCCACCGGCUCCAAGACCACAGAUACCCUGGCCACGAGGCUGGAGAGGAGAAUGUCUCUGAAGAGGUCUUCAGAGGGCAUGUUAGACAGCCCCACGGGCACAGAGGACAUGAUAAUGAAGAUUUGGGGAACUCAGCGGAGCCUGAGGACCACUUCCCCAGACGGAGGAGUCACAGCCAUGAAGAUGAAGAUGAGGAUAGCAUUGUCUCCAGUGAGGAUCACCAUGGCCACGGAGGGGAAGAUGAUGGGGAGGAAGUAGAGAACUCUGAUGAUAAGCACAAGGCCCAUGGUCACCAGAGCCACCAGAGCCACUCAGAGGAAGGAGGUGAAGAGGGUUCAGAUGAACACCAUCAUGCCCACAGCCAUAGACAUGAAGGCCACAAAGACGAAGAUGAUGAUGAUGAAGAUGGUGAUUUCACUGAGCGUGGGCACCAGGCCCACAGACACCGAGGCCAUGAAGAAGAAGAAGAAGAAGAAGAAGAAGAAGAAGAAGAAGAAGAAGAAGAAGAAGAAGAAGAAGAAGAAGAAGAAGAAGAAGAAGAAGAUGACGACUCCACUGAACAUGGGCACCAGGUCCACAGACACCAAGGCCAUGAUGAUGAUGAUGAUGAUGAUGAUGAUGAUGAUGAUGAUGAUGAUGGCUCCAUAGAGCAUGGGCACCAGGUCCACAGACACCGAGGCCAUGAAGAUGAUGAUGAAGAAGAAGAAGAAGAUGAUGAUGAUGAUGAUGGCUCCAUAGAGCAUGGGCACCAGGUCCACAGACACCAAGGAGAUGAGAAGGAAGAUGAUGAAGAUAACUCAGAUGAAGGCUACUAUCAUGUCCCCAGCCGUGGCCACCAAAGCCACCAAGAUGAGGAAGAGGAAGAUGAGGCUGUAUCCACUGAACAUUGGCACCCAUCUCCUAGACAUACUCACCAUGGUCUUGGAAGUGAGAAUCAAGAAGAGGGGGUAACAGUCAAGUUCAGCCACCAUACUGCAAGCCACCAACCCCAAGGCCACAAGUCUGACAAGGAGGAGGACUUCCCAGAAGAGUAUAUGACAGAAGUUCCUGGCCAUCACCACCACAGAGUCUCCAGGGAGGGAGAUGGGGACAUUUCUGCUGAGUUUGGCCAUGAGGUCCCCAGUCACAGGCCACAAGAUCAAGAUAAACAGAUCAGCCAGGGUCACAGAGAGUUUGUCCAAGGUGACAUUGAUCAUCAGCCCCUACAGCCCACAGGGGCUGGUUCCGAGGAAUCAAGGAAGGAAGAUGACCACAGCUCUCAAGAGGAAGACAAAGACUCAGAGCAGAGCAAAGGAUCUCGCAGUGAAGAGGAGGAGGAGGUUCACAGCCUCCCCAAGAGCCAGGAAGAUGAGGAAAAGGAAGAAAAAGAUGAGCAAGAGAGUAGGGAAGACAGGACGGAGGUUCGGACUCCAGUGAGCCGUCACAGAAAGCAGGAGGAAGAGGAGGAAGAGGAGGAAGAGGAGGAGAUCCCGGAAGAAAACCUGCUACCCUUCACCAUCAUCCCAAACCCCCUGGCAGGAAGGGAGGUGGACAGAGAAGGUUCCAGCGAGGAGGAGAGCCGUGAGGUCACAGGUCAGCACGAUGCCCAGAAGCAUGAGAACUACCAGCCAGGGUCCCUGUGUGGUUAUUGUUCUUUCUGCAAUAGAUGUACUGAAUGUGAAAGCUGUCAUUGUGAUGAGGAGAACAUGGGGGAACACUGUGACCAGUGUCAGCACUGCCAAUUCUGCUACCUCUGCCCGCUGGUCUGUGAAACCCUCUGCACUCCAGGAAGCUACAUCGACUAUUUCUCCUCCUCCCUGUAUCAAGCCCUGGCUGACAUGCUGGAGACUCCAGAGCCCUGA